AUGAUCAGGGAUCUGGUUUAUCUGACUGACGACUUUAGCAUUCGAUGCUGUUACGGCACCAUGGUAUUCAAUUAUUGGGCCCUAUUCGACCCAGAUAUACGAAGUAAAGACACUAAGCGUCGGUUGUAUAUAUUUCUCUAUGGUUUCGAUCUACACGUCUUCAAUCGAAAGGCUGUUUAUGAAGCAUUUACAUCAAAAUUAGUGAACAUUCAUCAAUCGGAUCAACCUCCUCCACCUCAACAUGACAUUGCAGAAGAUGAUGCUUUGGGCUGGAUCUGGGCAGAAUUUGAGCGACUGUUCCCAAUUGUCAGAUUCAAUUUGGAAACGUCGAAAAUCUGUUUCGGUAACCACCUUGUUCCCAGAGCAUUCGUUCUAACUUGUCAAAAGGCACAGGGAAACUACACUCAGAAACGUGCUACCUGUCGGUUUGACAAAUAUCAACACUGGAUGUCUUUCGAGUUUCAAGACCUCGCCGGAUCAUUGGUGCCAGUCGUGAAGUAUUCUGGUCAUUAUGCUGUUGAAGAACCUCCUGAAAAAGCUGAAAAUUUUCGAGUUUUCUUCCUUGGUCGUGGUACUAUUUUUUACCAGCAAGAUCAACCCGGAUUGAUAACUUCAGAGUCAGCUGUUAUCCAAGGCGAAGAAAGUGGAGAGACUGUUUACAACACUUUUCCUGAGUGGAAUAUGUUACCUUCCUUCCUCUUUAGUGAAAUGCUUUGGAAGUUUUUUUACCCACCCUCCUAUCGACUGACUGAGAUCACUCCGGUUCCUUCGGUGGGACAGCUUCGAGCAACGCAAAAGUUCUCUCUUGAUAUUUCUUCCUCUACCGAUGUCCAAAUGGAUAUUUGGUUUGCUCGGGACAAAAGUACAUAUAACGCAUCUACUGGUUCCCUGUGUCUUUCAAUCCCUGAAACCAGUACCCUCCUUUACAUGCUCAAGGAAGUUCAUGAAAAUCUCCGAUUGGCCGGCAGCAAUUGCAAGCCACUAAAGACAAAUCCAUUCCGAAUUAUUGAGGAGGUUAUACCCACUGAGGGCGGUAAAGCGAAGUCCCCACACAAACGCUAUUGGAUUGAAUGCUGGCGUGCACCUAGAGCACACAUAAAAGUCGCCUACACCUACUAUCCCAUCCCGUGGGUUCCGGAUUUCUGGGGCUUUCUCCCCAAGGGUUGGGAAGGACAUUCCACUUCUCGUAACCCUUCAAUGAACGCUAAAGCUAGCGUACUUGUCUCGCGUGAUCCCGAGGAAGCGGCUUUGGGUGACCUCCGACCUGAGGGCUCUAAAGCUCGUGGACCGACUGAGUCGGAGCUGAUCAGGGCUAAAUUUGAUCCAUCCUACAUGGCUCCAGAUCAAAUGGAUAUCCAUGUUUCGAUACCCAGCUCACAACUCCUUUUCUAUGGAGCCCUCAUUCGGCAUUUACUUCAUGUCAAGGAGACUUACUGCGGUUGCUACCAAACACCAAUCACGACAGCGGAUCUAAAGGAGUACGGUUUGAACAAGGAGGGAAAUCAAUGUUUAGUGCCAUCAUCUCCUAUCCCAGAACACAAUCGUCUGGGUAAAACGGACCCAGUGAUCGACCCUCGUGAAUUCCGCCCACUUGGUAUCCGAAUCACCUUUUCACUGCAUAACUUGCAAGCCCAUUUACCAAUACACACAAGUUCAGAGAUACCACUUUGUCCAACUGCUUUUAUCGAUUGUAUUGGAUUUGAAAUGGAUACGAAUUUUCAUGAGACCAAGUUGCAGCUCCUCUUCUCUCCUGCUCUAUUGUGCGUGUUUGACAAAUGCAAUUCUUAUCGCCCACCCAAUGCCACAAAUCUCAGCACGGGUAGAGGGCAACUCACAGGAUUUGAGCUGCGUGGACAUGGCAUGUAUAGCAAUAGAGAUAUGCCACUGAGAGCUGAGACUGUGGAGUACGCUUGGAUGUUUGAGAUAACUUGUGGUACUGUAACUGGACAGGUCACGGCUCCUCAACUCUCGGCUCUUGUCCAAUGUAUCUCUAAUCUUGUCUUCUCGGCAAUUGAUCUGGAAAAUGCGAUUAUUUCACGACGAACAGGUGAACUUUGUCAGCAUGGUCAACCUCCGACCGAAUGCCGGUUCUGGUCAACCAAGUCUUCAGGAGCACGUCUGUGUCCCACGGAAAUAGAGCUGAAGUAUCGUCUUUGCCGUUUCAACUUGGAUGGCGUAGAAUUGGCCAUUGUGGAAGCUGGAACGUGUUUGAUGAUUAUGUUGGAUGCUGUUCGGGUUGCCAGGUGCAAUAUGCAUGAUGUCCAUUCAAGGGAUGGAAUUUCAGUGUUUCUUCCUCGUGUACAAUUUCUUCAACUCAUUAAACCUAUAAAAGAGCUACCACAAGUCCUGGCAAGAGGUGGCAAUCCUCCUAAUGCAUUUCCACCCCGACCAUGGCUUGAAGCUGGUUCUCUCGGUUUUGGACCUGUCCAUCUUCACUCAGGUAUAGCAGGUCUAGAUCAUGCCUACCGCAACGCCCAAUUAGUCUUCAUUCGUCACCACGACGAUGCAUCACACCGUCUCUGGUUCCUGUGGCUUUCGCAUGACUCAAUCACUGCACCUGAGGCUGCAGUUCGUUGCGGUUGCUAUGGCAACUGCUCCUUCUUUGGACCCAACGCCUCGGGCAGAAUGCUCCUUGAUGAAGUCCUCACGGGAGUUUUCUCUCGUCGUGCGGUGUUCAUCAGCGAUUUAAAGAGACGCGAGGAGGAGGAGUCUUUGCGUCAUCCUUUGAUGCCAUUCAGCGCUGAAACUCCAGAACGCAGUCUUGGUGUAAACUUUGGCGAAAGUCUUCUGGAGCCCGAUCAACUUCUUUUCCAGCUACAUAACUCAAACAUCUGCUCGGAUACUGAAAAUGGAUUUGCUUUGAUGCGUCUUGACGCCAUAAUGGCUGAUGAGGCUGCCAAGUUCGAUACCACAGGCCCAAUUCAACCCUGCUAUUCCUCAUCGGAGGAAGAGGAUGAUCUUGAAGGAGUUCAUAGUGUUUCGUCUUAUAGUGUUUUGUCAUGCUCUAAUGCUAGUAGCCGUCCAAGUCUUCGUGGAUUAUGGAGAAAAGAUGGGAAGAGGAUUAGUCAAACAUCGCUUGAAAAACCACUUGUUGAAGGUGAUGGUGGGAGAGGAAGGGAUGACAAUAUAUCGAUAUCGAGUCUCCUAGAUGGUUUAUCUAUCGGACUGCCGACGACGCAGGUUGUGUCGCCUCCACCGCCACCGCCUAGACAAUUCGGUGUUACUGAAGGUGGUACUGCCACCCGUGUGUCUACUAGUUCAGUUCCACUUUUCACUGAUACGGUGGAUACUGUCUCGAAUCAGAAACGUGGAAGUACUAACUCCCUGCAAUUCGAUCGUGGAGCAUCUUCCAAGGCAUCCGAAGACUCAACUCUCUCUGGAGAGGACUUUACAGCAAAAUUUUUGUAUUUCUCUUUUCUAGAUCUCCAUGUUCAGCUGAAUAGGUCGAUUACCGAAAGUAGUCUCCUUCGAACUGCUUACGAGCGUCACUUGAAUCGCUAUAUCACUAACGCCGAUCUAUGUCCUCCCCUUCGUCUCAAACACCGUUGGCGAGUAUGUCGACGUCUGCGUCAGCGUCAACAAUCCAGCGUUACUGAGACCUAUGGAGAGGAGCGUCCGAAUUGCAACUGUCGAAUUGGACUCGCUAAAGCCCCAGAAUUUCUCUGUUGCGCUACUGGUUUUUCCUUCCGUUCAAUGGUUGAUUCUGCCAAUGGGACCAUUACUGAGACCUCUACAACUGCCAAUAAUGGCACUCGCGAAUGCCCUAAUGACGAGGCUGAUUCGGCUCCUUCGUCAUUCAGAAUAGCCGACCUUAGACCCUUGCUCUAUCCUCAUUCACGUGAUAGUCGCAUUUUCGAAUCGUCAACCGCCUUGGUGUCUCGUUCGUCAACAACAGUUUCAGUUCUGGGUCCUGUUGACAUUUUCCUCACGCCUCUCUUGACGGAAUGUCUUGACAGGUAUUUAACCAUCAUUACUCCAGUGGUCGCCAAUCGUUCUCCCAGUGCAGUGAUCGACGAGCUUCAUUUCAAAUGCCUCCUUUCCGCUGGUCGACAGGGCAAAGUCCUCUACGAGGAAAAACUUAAGCAUCAAUACCCUUCGCCCUCAGUGGAGAAUGUUAAAUCACCUCCACCUUCCGCAUCAUCUCCACCUCCUACCUCAAAUCCAACUAGGAAGGGAACUUUCUUUGACCAGUUUUCGGAGAAUACUCUCUGGUUCCAUCGAUUCGGCAGUACCUCGGUGGAUUCAAAAGUAUCUCCUAUUCAUUCUAAUGAAACCCAAACCACUCAAGCUGGUCCACGUUCGCGUCCUGAUGUUCUAGCUCCUACGAAUACUACUGAAGAGUCUACAAGUACUAUGGCCGAUCAUUCUUCUUCACUUUCAAUAAGUCAUUCCCAUCGCCAUGGUAAAAAUCAUCAUUUAGCAGAGGAGAACAACCUAGUGGGACUUCUCUCCCUUGGUCGAGUAAAUAUCGGAUUCAUGCAGAUCUACGCGGUGGAAGAUGUGGUCACCGUGGAUAGUCUUACACUUGGCCUUAAUGAUCUCACUUGUGUGUCACUGCUUACUCUAGCUGUAGACUCAGUAAAAGUCCAGGUGCUCAACAACAAACGCAUUCUUCACGUGGGUAUGGGGUCGAGAGAGUUGGGAGCUUCAUCGACAGCACCUCUACAGAGUACUGCGUCUUUCUCACCUGAAGCACUGACGAGAAGCCUUCUAACGACGGAAGAAAAGAGAUUAAGUGAAGUGGCGGAGGAAAAUGAUGAGGAUAAUUCAACGGCUGCGUCACCGCUUCUUUCAUCGCCACAUCGGUCAGCUUCGAACUCUCUUCGACAGGAAACUCAAACUGCCCCCAAUGCUCCUACAAAUUCAAAAGCCAAUCUUACUGAACGCGAUAUUGAGUCCGGACCUGCUAUAGAUGAACUCAGACCACAGCCUCUACCGAAAGUCGUGAGCGCUACAGAGGUUCGACAUACCGAGCGCCUCGUGUGCAAUUUCUCUAUUUCUCGAAUUCACUCUCAACUCCGACGACUCACUCGCGAAUCCUCUUUCACGCCCGAUGUCCUCCUCACAGCAAUCCCCUUCUCUGCUUCCCGUGUCUUCUUUUCAUUCGAUGCCGAUCAGUCAGCAAUGUCUCGUCAAGCUGGUACUGCAAGAAAGUCUCCCCCUGCAGUAGGUGGUCUAUAUACAGGCGUCCAUGGGCCUACUCCUUCCUCUUCUACUGCCCAAUUACAUCAACCACCGCCUCCUAGUAUCCCGUCCCAUGCUUCAGAAUCAGCUCUUCCUGGUCAUUCAGCUGGUUGGAUUAUGUUUGAGUCGGGUAUGGAGGAGUUGACUCUUCUGUUUGUUCAACGAAAAGGCUACGGCGACUCCUUGGAGGAGAAAUCUGACAACAUGACGACUAACUUGCCACGGCCAUCAAAAAGGAAAUCCAAAGCCAGAGAAGUUCCUGCUUCCAUUAUAACUGAAGAGAAUCCAAAGGAGGUAGCCUACUUUGAUAUUGAAGGCAUCAAGAAUGCCUUCUUGAUGAAUCUACAUGUCAAAACAGUGUGGCUAAACUUUCCUGCACCUAAGCAUCUUCCAAGUAAACGCCGAAUGGAAAUUAUCCGCUCUGAUUGGAAUUUCUUGAGUACGAUGACUCCGACAGUGAACGCUUGGAUUGGACCCGGUUAUCGUCUAGUGGGCAAUUGCAAAAACCUGAUGGCUCGAGCAGAUCGUCGAACGCUCUCUGUUCUAGCUUGUCUCAUGAUGGAGGCUGUAAAUGGUGAUAGACCGCUCCCUGAUUUCCGCUUUAGCUCCAUCGAAGAUGAGGUCUUCAGCACAAUCUCAACUCUUCGCACUCCCGAUGCUAGACGUCUUCGCUACGAUCCUUCUUGUCAAAUAUUCACCACUCUGAGACGUUACCUUCAAGCUCUAAGAAGGCAGCAUGGACCAGCCGCCCUUAAUUUCAAGUUGAAUGAUUGUCUUCGAGAGUCUGUGCUCCCAGAAAAGAUGACUCUUCUUCGUGGACUUUUCCUUAUCCUUCGAGAAUGGAGAGUGGCUGUGGAUGUUUUGGUCAUACCUCAAGUUGCUCCAGUUAUGACCCGAAAAUUCACUGCCCUUCUAAGUAGGAAGAAGGAGGACGGUGGAAAGCAGUCUCUGCACCCAAUAAGACCAGCCAGCACAUCAAAUGAACCCCUUGAAAGGCGACCCUCUGGUUUGACUCUCCGAAUGUUUGAAUUGAUGACUCAGAAUACGACAGAUUCUAGAACAGUCAAUACGACUGGUGUUGAGAGAUUGAAUAGAAAUAUCGAUGUGGUUGAAGAAAUUGAUGAAAAGGAGUACUCGGAUUUGGAUGAGGAAUCACUCAUUAAUGAUCCAAGCAUUCGGAACGAGAAUACGAUCUUACACUCCCAAUCCAUAGGCAACAUUCCGAAUUCUCCUGAUGUCGGUGCUCCAGCUGGGGUUGACUCAGUGUUACCUAUGGCAAUCGCAGGUCCCAAGUGGGAGUUCGCUUCAAAACCUUCCGCUGUGGUAGAAAAUACAACAGAAUCUCAAAAACAACAGCAACAGCAGCAACAACAACAACAGCGAUGUCGCGAGCCUUCAUUAACUCCAGAAAAUAUGAAUCAGAUAAAUCAUUUGAAAGGACAGUUCCGUUUCGUUGACGACGCUCAAAGGCUAUUCAGACCCCUACUUGAAGCCAUUGGAGUGAAUAUUAAAGGUGUUCGUCGGAGUACCCUAAUGAAGAAGUUCGGAGGUCUGUUUGCAGCUGAAGGCAUGUUACAUUGCUUCCAAAUUGAAAUCUGUGAUUCCCUGGAGAACCCUCUUCAAAAAGUAGCCACUUUGCCGAUGACUUCAGGUGUUACCACCAGCGCGCGUCGAUUUAGAAGUGCUAAUGCGCAAAAAUUCAAUGCCAGUGGACAUUCUGCAAGUGGUUCUACACAAAGAGCCCUUAUGUGUCAUCGUUUCUCUACAAAAAUUACUCUAAUGGAUGUGGUUGGUUUUGGAAAGCAAGAGAGUGCAGCUACUCGUUUAGGCGAUAUUGAACUGCGCUCCACAACAACCAAGAUUAUUGUGGAUUUGCAUGUGGACAGUAUCAGUCAGCAUUCAAAUAUGCCACUCUUUCGUCUCACUCAUCAGUUUGUCACCAUGUUCUACUGUGCUCAGGAUGCUCAAAAGUCUGCUAAUAUGCGAAGAAAUCUCAUUUUGACAAAACCGCCUGCAUUUGACGCCAAAGAUGGAAAGACAGGUGACGGCACCUCUAUCUCAAUCCAUGGUCAUGGGAGUGGAGGUUCUCAAAACUUACUUCCCCCCUCAUUGCAAUCUUCUCGAGAGGCAUCGUAUGGAAAGAUGCCCGAUUCUUCUACUGAAACCCGAGGUGAUGAAAUGUUUGGUGUUUUACCUCCAGCAUCUGUACCACCUACCGCAACUGGUACAACUAUUCCGCAAAAUGCAUCGGUGAUGCCAGAGUGUUGGCGACGCAUGCUAAGAUAUAUUGACCUUUACUCGACCAUACCAGAGACUAAAAAUGUUAUUAAGAAGGCCUCAACUCUGCCGAAAAUUCUGGAGGAAGGUGGAUACCUCAGCUAUGAGCCAGCCAAAGAGGAGAGUGGAGGUCAUACUGGUGUUGCAGGCCUGAUUGCUAACGCAGCGCCCCACUUCUCAUUCAUAGCGGGACCUCGUCAUGAUUCUGCAGUGGAUGUGGAAUCUGGCCUCUUGUCUCGCCCAUCUGUGAAUGCCUCUUUCGAUUCUGUUGCACCAGGGACUGAGGCCAAUGGCCCUGGAUUGCCCGGUCUGUUUCGCCGUCAGAGUGAAAAAACCUCUUCGGCGUGGUUCAAAACCUCGGAAAGAAUUCCCACCGUAGUGUUAGUGACAAUGCGUGUUAGACAGAUGACUGUUUCAGCCGUUCUAUCGGAGGUCAACCUCACGGCUGUUGUACGAGGAAUCCAUGGCUCGUUCACUAAGACCAAUAGGGUUCGAGGACAUAGUAAGUUCAAUUUGAGAAAGUCUGUGGUGAUUACGUUUGGAAGAAGUCUUUUCAAGGAGAAAUUAUCCAAAUUCAGUUUCACUGGCCACUUUGGUGAUGGGGACAUUCGACUUACGGAGGGAUUGGGCAAAUUCGCUCAAAAAGUAGCUUGUAUGCGUGUGGACCAUUCCCAUGUUCUCCUCUCCUGCGCUCGAUCCUCACGUCAUGGUGAACGCAACGCCUGUACCAUUGGUUUGGGUAGGGUUGAAAUUGCCGUCCCUCAUCACCCUGUGCGUCUACACGGCAUGGUCCAGCGACAGGCUCGUCAUCUCAGUACUACUGUCUCAGAGUUCCUUCAAAUACCCACCCCUACCCCGGUACCCCCUUCGGCGAGCAGUCGAAAAAGGACCUUCACAGAUGGAGGUUUGACUCCAACUCCGGAGGAUAUAAAGCGUCUGUCCGGGGUUGAAGAGCGUCAUCUCAUUAAUACCACAACUCCGCCUGUGGCUCCUCUCAUAAUCAAUGUGACUGCAAUUGCAAGAGGUCUCACUAUCAAUGUCUGUCUCCAUCCCUCACUUGAUGCUGUCUAUGCUGUGGACCCUGUCUACUUCUUUGGACGCAUUGGUCCUAAUUGCUACCUAGAUGUGACUGUUAAUACUCAUUCUCUCAGUUUUCAAUCCGUGGUAGGUCAUAGGGUUGAUGAAUUUCUCCAGUACUUGGGGUCACUUAACCAUUAUUUAUUACAGCAUCUUCCCAUCAUGUUCCCACGAGCGGUUAGUCUCGGUUUGCCAAAGAUCGUAGCCUCCCUAACACAACGGCAGUCGCCAUCAGGGAAUUCCGUCGGUCCACAAGUUGUCGCUACUAGGGAAGGUUCCUAUCUGGAUGCACAAGUUUCUGUGGGGUUCUUUGAACAACGAUUACCCUCCGAUAGGCUCAAUUAUAUCAUGGUUGUGGUUAAACUCUUCAUGAAGGAAAUAAAUGAGGUCAUUCGAAAAAUGGCGGGAGAACAGCAGCCCUGGCAGACAGGAUCACUGUCUCAGGGUGGCUCUCUUCAUUCUCGUCAACCAUCACAGCACUACUCGCAUCAACCUCCCGUUCUUCGUCGUUGUUCCAACUCGGCAAUUUCAACAGAACCUUCCAUUGAUCCAGCAUCGGCUCAACCCAAUCGCCUCUCUGUUUCGACUCGUUUCAGUUUCCGGUUGAAAUUCGGUGGAAUUCUUCUCUUAGCUAAGACCUCAAACGGAGCAGUUAAAUUUGAGACCUCGGAGAUGCAUGUUGAGUUGUCAAAUAGGGUUGGAAGAACGCAUACGAGUUGGUACACGGAUUCCUUAUCUUCAUUCUCAGCUGCUAGACCGCAUGCAGACUUGGCGGCUUCAACACCUCCCACUAGUAAGAAAGUUGAAAAGAGCCAACCGACUCGUGGUGAUUCAACCUCUAGACAUCAAGCAUCGUCAGAGACAAUGUCUAUUUCAAGCUCUGAAUCCAUUCUUAUCUACGCAAAAAUUGAUCACUUAAGUAUUGAGUUGGGCCAUCUUGAUCAAGAUGUAUUCUACGAAGUGUGGGAUCAAGAAUUUCGCACCUUGGCUUUCUUUCGUACUGCAAUUGCCCUACGCUCUCUUCUUGCUGAGGAAGUUAGUCCACCAACUACUUCAACAGCGGCCACAAACGUGACAUCAACCACUCAUCGAAAUACUCCAUUCAGUUUCCGCUCAACCGAUGAAACUACCACCCGUCAUGGACACUCGCGUUCCAUUCCCCCACGCAUGGACGGUGAAGCCAGCACUUCAACCACUCCUGUCUUUGAAUCUGCAGAACCUCCUCACUCCGGAACUACGAGUGUUGCAAGCAGUGUUGUAAUUACUCCCUUGGAUGACUGUGGAGGUAGUAAUACGGGAGGUGGUAGCAUUGGAUCUACCGUGGGUCAGGAAGCUUUCCUGGUGUUAUUGAGGCGACCCAUUAUCUGGUCAAGUGAAGCAGCUAUGCCAUCAACCCGUGGAACAGAGAGGGCACAACAAUGCACUUCCUCAUCACAAGGUCUAGCCCUCUACACUUCUCCUGAGCGCCCUCUUCGUUUAGCUGCCACCCCAAGCCUUUCCAGUCCAUCAGAUGGCAGUUCAACGACUGGAAGUCUUACGAAACACACCUCCACCUCUGCUCCACAACAACAGCCUGCAGUAUCUUCUGGUCCUAUUCUCUUCUUCCAACUUAAUGUGGAAGACCUUGGAAUCUGUCUACCCACCAAUCUCCUUCAAUUGGGUCCUCAAUCCAUGGAAUUGGAUUCACGCACUGCUAUUGUGUUGACUCUAGAACAGAGUCGAAUUUCCGCCUGUCUACGUGGUUCCCUUGUUAGUGAGGGUGAAUUCACAGACUUUUGCCUGCGAUUUGAUGAUGAUUUCAAUGUUGGUUCAGAUGAUUGGAAACCGGAUAAGUCUCGUUCCACCGUGACAGUGAAGAAGGAGAAUCAUUUGGUUGUCAUGAAUGGAUGUGUAGUGCCGAGUGGAACCUUCCAAGUUUGUUGGAAAGCAGUUGAAGCUCUGCGUGCUGCUUCAUUCUUUUUUUUUGUUCUAGAGGAAAGAGGUCGUUGGUUACUAAAAAUUCAAUAUGAGAUGCGUGGAUUGGAUAUGCAUUUGGAUGACAAUAUUGGACGUCGACUGAAUGCUCUCUUUGAAGUUCUUACCACAGUCACUAGGUCGGAGACUGAUCUUCACCUAAAUUCUGCCGGAGUAACCGCAGCCGGAUGCGAUGCACAUGGUGAAGACGAACUGAGUAAACCUUCUGGUCCUGAUGAAGGUGUUUGUCGAGAUAAAUCCUCUCUCAGGCCCUCGUCUAUGGAAAAGGCCAGUGACAAUGUCUUCCAAUCGACCUUGUCGGUCGGUAGAAGCAAAGCGCUUGAUUAUCAGUCGUCAGAUGUUUCAAACUCGGAUACGUUCCAGCAACAUUCCAGUCAGUACCGUCGUUUUAAAUGGAGCAAUCUUCGUCGGAAAGCUACGAUAUCAUCUUACAUUCCUGGAGACCUUCGCCGAACAAACUCACUGGUGAAGGAGAAGCAUAAGCACGACGGCUCUCAACGCAUGAACAGUGGUUUGACGUCUCCCGCUCCGAUAUAUGAUGAUCCUGAACCAUUUAGCGCUACUGCAUCUUCAAACGCUUUGGCUCUUUCGUCAUCUUCACGAACCGAUUCCAUCUACUUUGAUGCGGAAGAUAGGGCGUCUGCUAACGCUGUUCGGCUCGAUUCAUUCGCUAAUGCUCAAACAGUCGACUGGAGAUCGCAUAUUGCAGAUAUCUUUCUUCCCCACAUUCUUCGAAAGCUGUGGGAUGAGCGUAGACUUAGUCAAUCUCGUUCGAUUCCAACUCCAACCUCUUCCAUUCAUUGUUAUGAUACAAAUUCUCUUCAAGAGGAACCACUGUAUGAUGAAGUGCAACAUCGUCCUGCUCCUCCACCACGCAAACACACAUCUGCAUCUUCUGUCCUGAAGUCUUCCGGACACCAACCACCGUAUAGACGGCUCUCUACAGAUGAGCCUCCAAGAAGUAGCCUGCUGCUAGAACUGGACGUUAACAUUCACGUUGAUUCAGGUCGUUGUGGUUUGCAUCCGCGUUUACCCAAACAAGAAGUAGGAGGUGCUACUGGUCUCGGUGGAAGAUCACUUUGGCCAAGCUCGCCAGCUAUUGGUAACCCUUGCUCACUUCAAGAUGACCUCUACAAGGCUUACUUAAGUCGAUAUAAGCGUCAACUUUCACAAGAUCCGCUUUUGAAACCUACUGAUGUAUCGGUUUUCUAUUUGCCUGCGUUGGAUGUUAGCCUUCACUACAAAUCACAUACAAACUACGAUAUCUGGAAUCAGCAGUCUUACAGAUCUCCCAUGGAUGAUACUAGGACUGCGAGACUAAAGCCUACCAGUAGUGAAAGCGAAAAGACUGUCGUUGCAGAACCUAAUAACACACCAGCUGAUGGUAUUGAUGCUCCAGACCAAGCAAGAAGAGUGGAUGAAGAAGCGGUUGACGAUGGAGCCAGGUCGAAAGAAGCCUCACAAGGGGCAAAAGCUACUACUACGGCUAAUUCUCAAACCGGGACUUUGGAUGUGGGCAGAUCAGCGGAUCUGUAUGCUAGCGUUGUUCUGCAAAAAUUGCCCCAUACAUUGAUCGUUCAUCCAGGUCUAUUGGACUUCUUGGAGCAAGCCUUGGAAAAUUUACCGGCAUCAGCUUUCGAGUCUGAAUCAGAUGACGCCCAAUCCAAUCAACCUAAUUCCUCUGUCCAACUCAAUGAUGCACUUAUGAUUAGCAAUAAGACUUUCAUGGUCGAUGUUGUCGUUCAUCUGCGAAUUCAACCAUCUUCAAUUCGGUUCCUUUGUUUACCUGACUCUCAAAUGCAAUGUCUUAUCUCACUUCCCUCUCUCGAUGUCAUAUUUUCGACUGAGCGCCUUGCUGAGGAGAACUUUAAAGAUUCCGAUGGAAAGCCAGCCACUCGCUUCUCUAUUCCCGUUGAUCUAGUGGACGACAUCAUCCUCGGUGAUUUGGUAUCAGCCAGUGGUUUGAAUGUUACCGCUAUCUUGAAUGAGUUUCGCAUGUCAGUAUUUCAUCCAUACGGAGGAGGAAUUGGUGGAGGCCUGCGUCCACAUCCCGAGGCAGACGGAACCUCACCCGGCGACUCACUCACUCUCAAAGUUCACGACAUCAGACUCAAUAUCUCCCGUACUGUUCAGACGAAUAUUAUCGGUCAGCAGAGCCAAACUUUGCAGUUACUGCCACGUCCUUCUUCGAGUUCCAAUAUGGCAACAACAACAACAACAACAACAACAACAACUGAUGUUCGUGCAGCUACUGCUACUAUGAAUAGCUAUGUGACUGCCAGCUCUGGGGCGAAUAGCGUUUCUCUCCACAAUAUUGUCCGAUUUUCGGGCGUUAUUGAUAUUGGAGUAGCUGAAUUCAAAUGUGAUACACGAAGAAGUCUAGAGAUCCUACAUCUUCCCAAAGCUUGGUAUAGAAAUAGUCUUGCACGCGCCUUGUUCAUCGGAAAGGAUUCAAAGAUACCGCCAGAGCCUGAGCCUACAGACACAGCUGAACAACCCAAGGGUGAAAAUGUUGCGACAGAAGACGAUAAUGACGAUGUUAUGAGUGAAGACGAGGCCCCUGAAAUAGUUUUGAAGGGUGGUCCAAUGCCACCAAGUGCUCCAGCAGACAGCUCGCUUGCUAAUUGGCUCCAAAAGGGUCCAAGUUUGAGUAGAGAGGUGCGUGCGAGCGCAGGUACGGCUGCAGCACCAAUCAAACUUUCAAGAGGCACUGCUGAACGGGUAUCGAGGCGAAGAAGUGCAACAGCCCCCCGUGAGGGAAUGGAUCCUGAUGUACCCACACAGUCAGUAUCUACGUCUACUACCCUACCUCCACCACCUCAGCACUGCUCAGAUAACGGUGGUUUCCUUCUCUCAACCAGUCGUGGCUAUAGUCGGGUCGUAUCAUGGCAAGCCGUCCCCAUAUUCUACGCCAAAAUUGGCCACCUGGACAUUCGAACAUAUAUGGGGAGUGCUAUGGGUCGAACUAAAUUGGACAUUCGGAAUGUUUUCUGUGAUGGUCGACUCUACCAAGACUCUUCUAAACGACGACAUGGCUCACUAGGAGCUGGAGUUCAUCUCUGCCAAUUCACCAGCGAGCAAGGUAUAGUGGGAGGUGAAUUCACCCUCUUAGAUCUCGAAUCGAGAGUCCACUUCAAGGAAGAUCCGCGUUAUGACCCCCAACACAGCGCCGAAUUGCUGAUGCAGGGUUUCCAGUUGCGAAUUGAAUAUAUGAAUACAAAUAUAGUCUUCUUACGUUUGAAUCAAGCUGAACUGUACUUAAAUGAUGACUGGAAGCUGAGAGAAGCAUCUCAUUUAUCUGUUUCUUCAUCCUCUGGAGAUUCAAAGGAGCGUGGGUCGUCAACCGUCCUGGCUUCAAGGAAAUUCUCUACGCCUUUGGGAGGUCAGGAGAAUGUUGAGGCUGCCUCUGGAAAUAUCGGGGCUCCACCGGUGUAUGUCAUGAUAGCUGGAGAGAUCAACUGGGAUCAAUUGCAGGUCGCCAUAGCUCGAACAACGACCGUUGAUUUAGUCCGCUCUGCUCGAAAAGUUCGCGAAUACUUCGAGGAGCAGUUGCGCGAAGGUCGCAAUAGUUGGAUCGGUCAGGGUGACUACCUUCUACGUCCAGAUAACUCAUGCACUGCAACAGGUGGAACAGUAGGAGAUAGUCUCUCCCUUCCCACAGAGAGUGGUGAAACUUUCGAGGUGAUUGAACCCGCGGCUAUGAGCGCAGCGCUGGGAUUCUCCUGCACAGAAUCGAACGUUGACAAUCUUCUUCAACGUCACUGGCAGAAGCCUAUACUUGAGGGUAUUCGUGCCUGCCUUGUACAGAUUGGAGCUCAAGCCCCGCUUGUUCGAAAGAGUUUACUUGAAUCAACCGCUCCGCCGGAUGAGAGUUCAGUACCCCCGGUGUUGGGUGGAUCACUGCAACUUUCUGGAAAUUCGUUGGCCCUAGCUUGUUUCGCUGGAACAUUCAGAUCUGCUCCUGACUGGGCUGUCUUUAAUAUGCAACGUCCAAUCAUUUGGGUGCCUUUUCGUCCUUUUCUUCAUCGAUUACUACCUUUUAGCUUUGAGACCGAAGCUCAACGUGAGCCCCGUCAGGACCCCAAGUCUAGUUCAGGACGAGCGUCAACAAUGAAUAAGAAGACUGUCGCUUUCGCCUGUGAUGACAAUCCUGAUCGCCUGCCACAGAGUAUAGACGAAGUGGGUGGUUGGUUGAAUGUACGACAAGUACUUAGUUUCGACUUGGGUCACCAGCUUCAAUAUCGUCCUCAAACUGCCUACGUGCUACGAGUAAGACGUGGACGUGAACAGAAUCCAGUGAAAUUGCUCGUCACUCCUACCAUUGCUGAGUGGCUUGAAUUUAUGUUCAUGGCCGUUGAUAUUACCGUUCUCAGUCAUGUUCGAGGGGCGAAUCCACAUUUCGUUGAAGAUGUCAUUAAAUUGACUAAUUUUGCCGUUGAUUUCACUCCCUACACCUCAUCAACCACUGAGUCGAUCCGUCGCCUUGUGGAUGCAGUCAAGUCUCGUGCUACUCCAGAUCGUCCCUCUACAAGCACUGCAACAACUACAGCAACACCUCCACCUCCUGUUAUCGCUGCUUCUGGAGGUGGUGCUUCAGGAAGUAUUCCGGUGACCGCACUCGCUCGUCCAAAUCCCCUCAAACCCCCCACUGAGGCGGAAAUCCUCUUUGUUCUUCCCUCAGUCUCCAUGCGACUCACUAGCGACCAACGGCAAAGUAUGGCUCAUCCAGUUCCUUCUGAGCUUUUAGCCUUUGCUCGUGACCUUCAGCACGAAAAGGCCCUUGCAACUGGAGUUGAUACUACUGUAACGGAAAAGUCAGACCAUGUGGGGGAGUCAAAUGGGUCGAAAAAAGGUCAGGAUGGACCUGAUGGCAGUGACAAAGGCAUUGACAAGAGAGGUCCUCCCGAAACACUUUCGGCUAAAGUUCAUCUGAGCUUCCAGACUGACCUCCACGGAGUGAUUCAACUAGGUCUCUUAGAUGUUCCCUGGCUUCCAUUCCUAAUUAAGUCGUAUAUAAAUGAACAGAUGAAUGAUAUUGAGAGUAUGGCUACACCAGAUCCCUCAUAUGCAGUUACUGCUAGAACUCUGGAACUAGCCAAAGAGGGUCUUUUACCUGGAGUUCGUGGAGCUACUGCGGCGGCAACUGCUGUGAAUACGGCAUCGCCAAUUGUGAAGGAUCUACGUAGUUACGACGUCAUUCACUGGAGUCUUUCGCCUGAAUGCCGACUACUCCUAGCUUCAAACAUUGAUGUCCCAGCAUUUGAUAAGUUCUUGGAGAAUAUUGGAUUCCAGCGUGCAAGAACAACCAUUCCAAAAUGGCUCCAACGAGGUGUUCUGGAUCAUCUUGAUUCUGCAGUUGCCGGGAUGGUGCAUGCUUCACUUCGUUUGGUAGAUGAGGAAAGAAAAGAGCAGAGGAAACGAGAAAAGGAGGAGAAAUCAAAGGAAAAUCGAUCAAGUGACUUUGAUUAUUAA